AAAAUAUAAAAUAACAAUCAUAAAAUCGUGGAUUCAAUCCAAACACUCAAAAUUUAAUUAUAAAGCCAAGGUUAUAAAAGAACAAGCCCAUUCGAUGUAACCAGUUAUUGACGUAUUGCUGUCGUCGUCGCCAGACAAUGUUUAAAGUAGGAGAAUGCACAGUAGAAAAAAUUUUGCAAUCAUUUGAUAAAAAUAAAGAAGGAAUAGACGAGGAUAUUGUAAAUUUGCAAAAAUGGAUGGACGAUCAACCACAUCUGCCAGAAACUUUAGAUAAAAGGAGCACCAUGAACUUUUUAAUUCUCAAUAAAUUUAGCAUAGAGAAAACGAAACAAAAAAUAGACACUUAUUAUACAGUUAGAACCAAACUGGAUGAUGUUUAUCAACACAUAAAUCCAAAACUUCCACAUAUGACGGAAUUUAGAAACAUAAUAUAUUUUGUUCCACAUCCUCAGCUGUUAGAUUUUCGUAGAGUAUUUUUUUGCAAAAUACGUAACGCAGAUUUGGCAGAGAAGCUCGACCCAUGUAAUAUGUUACGUUGUAUGGUAAAUGUCCACGAAAUGAGAAUGAGGGAAGAUGUCAUGUACGGAGAAAUAUUUGUUGUUGACUGCUAUAAUGUUCCUCUAUCGUACUACCUAAAACUGAACCCCACAAUUAUUUUUAAAUGUAUGGCAGUUAUUUAUGGGGUACUCCUCCACGCUUGUUAGAAAGAAAUUUUGAUUUUUUCAUUGUAGAAAGUUUUUCUUUUCGACUCAAAGCAUUUUAUGUGGUUAAUUUCCCCUCUUUUGGAGAAAAAGUGAUGGCAAUAGCGAAGAAAAUAAUAAAACCUAAAGUGUUUGAAAGGAUUCAUUUCUUUUCGGACCAUAGUAUACUAAAACAAGAAUUCUCUGAAGACUUUCUGCCUGAGGAUUUUGGCGGUAAGGGCCCUUGUCUUGAAAAUCUACAAGAAAUGUUGGAGUGUGAAUAUAAAAGUCACCAAAAUUUGUUCGAUAGAUUGGACAAACUUAAAGUGGAUGGAGGUUUACGACCGCAGAAACUGGAAAAUAAUGAACUGUUUGGCUUUUAUGGUAACUUCAAACAACUUAAUAUAGAUUAGUACGUGAAACAUGAUUGUGAUUGUAUUAACAAAAUAAAAGAAAAGUUUAGAUGAA